AUGGAAUUUUCAGAUUAUUUUCUUCAGGACAGGAUUCUCUCUCCUUUUCUUUCGUGAUUUCCCUCGAAGAGAAGCUAUUAAAGAUUAGAGAAAAUAAAAGGAAUGAGAAUGUGGAACGGAGUCGGGAAUGGAACGAAACGAAUAUGGUUGGAGAGGGUCUUGCGAGAAGGGGUGUUCGUUCAUAAAAUAGUGAGGUGCGUCUGCCAGGAAACAAACCAAACGUAAGCAAUUUUCUCAUGGGAGAGUGCGAUGAAACGUAAGCAAUUUCUUGGCCGUAUUCUCAUCCGUGACAUUGGAAAGGCGUAUGAAAAGUGGGGAAUGUUAUAUAUAUAUAAGAGUGCGAUGAUGUUGCUGCAAAUAUGAUGAAGCGAUGAUGGCAGUUGUAGCAGUAAAGAGGCUAGGCAAAAUUUGUUGCUCUCACGCAUUGUAGCAGUAAAUGGGCACACGAUCACAAGUUUCACAUAGCCAGAGUAGCAUGCUAGCAUCGCUUCUUAACGUGUUCACAUGCAUAGCGCCGGAGGAUGUGGGGCCCUACGAGGACCCACACCAACCUCGUUGGCCCCAUUUGACCUCCCUCUCCCUCCCCAGGACAAAGCGAGGCGAGCACAAACAAGUUCAAGAGAGAGAAUUAACCUCCAAACUCACCUAACAUCUCUCCCUCCCUAUCUCCUGCUGAGAGGGAGGAUGUGUUGACGCCCCUGCACGGCUGCGACCUCUACCGCACGGCCGACCUGCACGACCCGGAGGCCGUCCUCGAUGGCGUCGCCAUGGCCGGCCUAGUCGGCGUCCUCCGCCAGCUCGGCGACCUCGCGGACUGCAGGUAGCAACAAAUUUGUAGAUUCAGAAGAAAACAAACCAAGUGCGGUUCCUAAACAUGAUGAUAUGCUGAAUCUAGACUUGCCAGCGCAACAGGAAGAUGGCGAACGUUGCGGUUGCGGUUGCGGUUCCGAUGACAAAUCAAGGGAUUUUUCUUGUGCGCUAGAAGAGGAACUAACAAUGUCACCUACUCAUUCAGUGCCAAAACCGCCUAGAUAUCCUCUGCUUCUGGUUACUUCUCAUGACAGAAGCAUGCUAAGAAAGGCUCCAACUUUGGUUCAGCCUUCAGGAAGGCUUUCAGAUGAGAAGAACACGAUACUGGACCAGAUAAAGAACAAGUCUUUCAACUUGAAGCCUGUUCGUGCAAAGAGACCAAACGUGAUGGGUAGUCCGAGAACGAACUUACAAGUUGUGGCCAUUCUUGAGAGAGCCCACGCGAUUCGCCAGGUUGUUGCUGAUGACGAUGACGAGGAUAGCUGGAGUGAGUAGCUGGUUCCUCAGACCAGUUGGCUCCUGAUGCUCCACAAAUGGGCCGAUCCAAGCACUUGUGCUCUACUCGUGAAUGCCGCGUUUUGGAGCGCAUCAUAUGUUUAUUAUCUUUUGAUGCACUUCCUGAAAGUUUGAUGCUUGGUGAGGAUUGUAUAUGCCUGGUGGGACCAGGGUUCCAUUUAUCGACCGGAGCUCGGUUACCGAGCUCCGGCGGUAACCGAAAAUGCGCGAUAACCGCGGUUACCGGUCAAAAAUUCAAAAAAAUUCGGAGAAAAUUCAUUUAGCAAAAUUUGAAUUUUGGAAAAAAAAUUGCGAUUU